AUGAACGCCGUGGACGGCGACCCGAUCGGCGGCCUCUGCACCGUCGGCGCCACCGACCUCUUCCAAUUGGGUCUGGCCGUGUUCGGACCCCUCUGCCUCUACCUGGUGCUGGGCAGUCUGCUGUUGGUGGCCGGCUUUGUGGCGCUGUUGCGCAUCCGCAGCCUCAUCAAACUGCAGACGCAGCCGAUGCUCGGCAAAUCGGAGCGUCUGGAGCGUUUGAUGCUGCGCAUCGGCGUCUUCGGCGCUCUCUACACCCUCCCGACGGUUGUCCUGCUCGCCUGUCUGGCCCAUGAACUGCGCAACCGCGAGCUCUGGCAACUCGGUCAGGCGUGUCGAUGCGUCUGGCGGCGAGACGUGGACGCGAUGACGAGGCUCGAUGAAGAAGUGGCGGGACUCGGACUCGCAUCCGGACACGGACUAGCACCCGUGCUGGCACUCGACUCUGCGCGUUGGCGACCACCAAAGCCCGAGUUUGCUGUUGUCAUGCUCAAGUACUUCUCCGGUUUGCUCGCCGGCCUGACCGCCGGCGGGUGGAUCUGUUCGCAGAAGACCUUGACGAUCUGGCGAGCAGCUUUCCGGCGUCGUCGCGGUCGCGGUCGCGCCGAGUCGACGAGGCGACUGCCGCCGCCGCCGCCGCGGCAGGCCGGACCGGAACUCGGUCAGUCGGGACUCAUGCCUGUGUCCGUGGGGCUGUGCAACGAGGAAGCUCGUCACCGUUACCGACAUCAGCAUCAGCAUCAGCAUCAGCAUCAGCCGCAUCAUCAGCACCAGCAACCGCAACAACAACAGCAACAGCAACAGCAAUAUCUGUACCAAUUCGAUUUGUUGACCAAGACGCAGGGCUACAAUCGGAUUGUGCCCGGCCUCGGGACUCGAUCCUCGGGCGCCGACGCACCGACGCCGCCUGGCGACGGUCGGUUCCAGUUGCAACCGCUCACAUUCAUACCACCACCACCGCCUUCGCUGCCGCCGCCGCAGUCGACGCCAGGCCGGCAAAGCAGCGUGUACUCGCAGGCCCAGCGACAGGGAACAUCGAGCGCUGUCUCCAUGCCGCUGCCGGCUCCGCCCUGCCUCGGCGUUGCCACAGGAUCCGCGACCACGGCCACCUCGUUGGUAGACGCCUAUCUCUUCUCCUCCUCCUCUCUGGCCGGAGUUGGUACGGCAGCACCAGCUGCUCCGAUCUCCGCCUCCGUCUCUGCCGACGCCAACAGCAACGCCAACGCCAAUGCCGACGGCAACUGUGACUGUGAUUGCGGCUGCGAUGGUGGUUGCCAUGGCAACGACAACAACAACGUUAAUGGCAGCGGCGACGGCAACGCUGAUACCGGCUCACCGGUCGGUCGUGGAGUUGUUGCCAGUCGAGGCGGGCCCAGACUCGGCUUCUCCGGACAGCUCGUUGCACGGCCCAACAAGCAGACAACCGGCGCAGGCCUGUCGCUAAGCUCGUCCGGAUUUGUCGAGUCCAGCAGCCUGAAGGUCUCAGGCGUGGCACCAACAUCAAUACCAAUACUGACGCCAGCAUCGGGACCGGGAACAGUGCAACCACAGGCACCGGCCUCGAUCGUCAGCAGCGGAUUGGGCAGUUCGAGUCUGCAGGACUCGCUGCAACAGACGACCCAGACGAGUCUGCUUCUGCAGUCGACGGCCGGGGCGGUGACACGAGCCUUCGACAACGUCAUGCAGAUCAAGUGA